GGGGGACUGAGUUUUGUGAAAGAGUUCAGUUGCCUGGUGAUCAGGUAAAGCAGGGGUUCCACACUGCUGAUGCUGCCAGGUCUCAUCAGCAUGGAGGAGUCUGAGCUGUCGCCUCGCAUCGGCCCGCGCCGCCGCCAGAGGGCCAGCGGCCAGCGCGUCUGCGGCUGCGUCCAUGUGCGCACUGGCACCAUCAUGCUGGGAAUGUGGCAUCUGGUGAUGAACGUGCUGGCCCUGUCGGCGCUGGCCAUGGUCAUCUUCCACCCAGAGAUGUUGCAACAUGUGCAGCUGGAGCGCGCGCCGACGGCCAACCUGUCGGCGGAAGGGGCCGGCAGCGAGGCGGUGCUGCCGCCGCGCGUCAUGCCCAAGUACGGCCCCACGUACUCGGUGCUGGGCGGCCAGGUCUGGAACGUGGACGACCUCAACAUAGGCAUAAUGAUCACCUUUUGCACGUUCAUCAUCACGCUGCUGAUGGUGGUAGGCGCCAUCAAGGGACAGCCCUCCUACCUGAUGCCCUUCUUCUGUCUGCAAGUGUUCGACUUCUGCAUCUCCAGCCUGACCAUGAUCAGCUACUUCUCCUUCAUGCCGGACCUGCACGUGAUGCUGGUGCGCUCAUCGAGCCUGCCGUUCCGCGACCAGCUGCUGGCCCUGGACCAGCGCUGGCUCUCGCUCAUUCUGAUGGUGGCCUUCCUCGUCGCCAUGGUGAUCAAGGCGUACCUCAUCGCCAUGGUGUGGGCCUGCUACCGCUACCUGCUGAUGCGCCAGGCCGGCGGCGGCGGCGGCGGCGGCGGCGGCGCACCGGCCGAACCCGACCCGGCGGCCUCGCUGCCCGACUACGAGGUGGCGCUCUCCGACCCGCGCUUCUCCAAGGUCGACCUGGCCAACUAUCCGGCGCCGCCGCCCAGCUACGACGCCGCCACCAGCGAGGCGGGCGCGCGCGCCAAGUAGACGCCGCGCGCUGCCGCCCGGCCGCGGCAGGACGACGGGUGGGCUCUGUGACCCGGGAGGAGGGAAGGGUGGACACCGGGCCGGUCUGGGUCGAUGGAGGAGUGACGGGAGAUGAACGGGUGGACGUUCCGGGCCGGCUGGCGGCGGGCGGUGUAGCGGGGCACGCGGGACGCUCGGUC